CCUUCAAUUAACUUCUAUAUAAUGGGAGGCGAUAUAAUGUUCUUGAACCAUACUGAUUCUCGUACUCGAUCGUUUCUAUAAUCUUAUUACACUAGAUUGAGAUGGCUCUUACUGGUAAGCUGGAGGCUGAUUUAGAAAUCAACGCGCCGGCUGCGGCGUUCUACAAUGUCUGGAAAAGCCAAUGCCACCAUCUCCCCAAUGCCACUCCUUCAAAUAUGCAGGCUGUUGAGGUUCAUGAAGGUGACUGGGAGACCGCUGGCUCCAUCAAGUUGUGGAAUUAUACUGUUGCGGGAAGGAGCGAGAGUUACAAAGAGAGGAUCGAAGUGGACGAUGAAACGAUGACUGUGGGUCUUGUGGGAUUGGAAGGAGAUGUGUUCAAGAACUACAAGAGCUGGAAGCCCAUCAUUCAAGUUAUUCCUAAAGAGAGUGGAAGCUUGCUGAAACUGACUUUUGAAUAUGAGAAACGAAGUGAGGAUGUUCCAGUUCCGAAUGAAUAUUUGGAUUUUAUGGUCAGCGUUAUGACUGAUCUUGCUGCUCAUCUUACCAAGGCAUAGAAAAUUAAGGAACAAAAAUGGCUGUUACUUGGUUGUCAAAAAUAAAUAAAUCAAGAAGUUCUUGAGUCGAUUGAAAAGUUCAGUUGUUUUUUUUUUUCCCCCUGUGAUAUGUGAGAUUGUGUGAGAAAUUGAUUUGCUGUCUGAAGUUUUAUUAAUUAAUAAAUUAAGUGGCAGUAUGUUGCAGCUGCUUUCUCUCUUA